AUGAUUGCUCACGCUAAGGGUGAAGUUGCGCAGGAAGAGAAGUCGGACCACUCCGUGGCGCCACUAGGAAUGCUUAAAUCACUAGGGUGUUUGUGUUUGCAGGAUGGCCUCACUGCAGUGGUCCACGACAUGCUUCUCGGAGCGCUCUACGCCACGAGCACCUGCGUCAUGUUCGGCGCCAUCGUCUACUUCGCCGUGAAGAGGACCGAGACCUUCGAGGCGGCGCAGCGCAGCACCGGACCCGUCGCCUUCAUUGUCAAGUACUCUAGCAAAGGCGAAUCCGUCAAUCUCUACCUGCGCCUCGGUCUCGCACUGGUCGUCGUCGUCGUCUGUGCACCACCUUGUUCAGGCACUCUUGUCCACAUCCACGAAGCAGUGCUGGCGUUGCUGGCUAGCAGCAGUGGGGUCAGCGUGAAAAACGUACCACCAUGCUGUGUUGAUCAGGCGCCCAUUCACGCAUUGUUCGCUGCAAUGAGCAUCGGACAAAGUGCCAUUAAGCUUUAUGAGAUAAGGCAUCGGCCCCCAAUUCACUGGCCCGAGGUCUUCAAAUCGGGAUUCGAAAUCAGCUUCUUCACUGCUCAAACCAUGUUCAUCCUCGUUUACCACCGGACACAGAAUCGUUCAAUAGAUUAUGCAAAUGUGACUGUCGGCUUGGAUUGUAUGCCGUGUGAAGCGCUUGCCAUCAAAUUUGCUUUCGAUGACCCAAAUACAUGUUCAGGUGUCUACGCAAUGGUGCGAGUCCAUCUUAUCGACGAGGCUCUUGGUUGA